AUGGAGGCCGGCGACUGCCGCUACCAGUUUCGGAUCGCGCUGCUGGGGGACGCGGCGGUGGGCAAGACGUCGCUACUGCAACGCUACGUGGAGGGCGCGCCCGGGGCCCUGGAGCCCGGGCCGGGGCCGGAGUCGGCGCCCACGGUGGGCGUGGAGUUCUACAGCCGCUCGCUGCAGCUGCGCGCCGGGCCCAGGGUCAAGCUGCAGCUCUGGGACACCGCGGGCCAGGAGCGCUUCAGGUCCAUCACCAGGUCUUUUUAUCAGAAUGUGGUGGGUGUCCUGCUGAUUUUUGACGUGACAAACAGGAAGUCCUUUGAACACAUUCCAGACUGGCACCAGGAGAUCAUGGCCACUCAGGGCCCUGACAAGGCAAUCUUCCUGCUGGUCGGCCACAAGAAUGACCUGCAGAGCACCCGGUGUGUCUCAGCCCAGGAGGCAGAGGAGCUGGCUGCCUCCCUGGGCAUGGCCUUCAUGGAAACCUCAGCCAAAAAUAACUGCAAUGUGGACCUGGCCUUCAACACACUCGCCGACGCCAUACAGCAGGCCCUACAGCAGGGGGACAUCAAGUUGGAGGAGGACUGGGGGGGAAUUCGGCUCAUCAACAAGACUCAAAUCCCGAGGCUCCCCAGCAGGAAGCAGCAUGCAGACCUAUGCCAGUGUUGACUUUGGGAAGGAAAGGGUUAAAGCAGUGCCAGCCUCAGAAGUGCUGGUGGGAUGGAGAGAAUGUCUCUCCAAAGGGCAAAUGGCAGAAUAUACCCAAAGGGUUCAUAUAAACAGUAUCAUGACACAGUCAUAACUCCUGGAUUUGGGGGUUUUAGAGUUUAGCCCCUUUCCACCAGAAAGGUCUACACCCUGGCCAGGUAGCUCAGUUGGUUAGAGCGUUGUCCCAAUAUGCAAGGUUGCUGGUUCGAUCACAUGCAAGUAUCAACCAGUGCAUGCACAAAUAGUCACAACAAAUCAAUGUGUCUCUCUCCCUCUAAAAUCAAUCAAUUAAUAAACGAAAGGUCUAGA